AAAACAGAAGUAAUUGAAGAAGCUUUUCCUGGUAUGUUUAUGGACACUCCUGAAGAUGAGAGAACCAAACUUAUCAGCUGCCUGGGUGCUUUUAGACAGUUCUGGAGCAGUCUUUCCCAGGAAUCGCAUGAACAAUGUGUCCAGUGGAUUGUAAGAUUCAUUCAUAGCCAGCAUAGUCCUAAGAGAAUUUCUUUUCUUUAUGACUGUUUAGCAAUGGCAGUAGAAACUGGCCUUUUGCCACCCAGGAUGGUGUGUGAAUCUCUGAUAAACUCUGAUAUGCUUGAAUGGGAAAGGACACAGUUGUGGGCGUUAACAUUUAAAUUGGUCCGGAAGAUUAUUGGAGGUGUAGACUACAAGGGUGUACGUGAUCUGUUGAAAGUUAUCCUAGAGAAAAUCUUAACAAUUCCAAACACUGUGAGCUCAGCUGUUGUACAGCAGCUUUUAGCAGCGAGAGAGGUGGUAGCCUACAUUUUGGAAAGAAAUGCAUGUUUGUUGCCUGCAUACUUUGCAGUUACAGAAAUCAGAAAAUUGUAUCCUGAAGGAAAACUUCCCCAUUGGUUACUAGGUAAUUUAGUAUCGGAUUUUGUGGAUACCUUCAGACCUACAGCAAGAAUAAAUUCCAUUUGUGGUCGCUGUAGUCUGCUUCCUGUGGUAAAUAACUCAGGUGCCAUGUGUAACUCAUGGAAGCUGGAUCCUACAACCCUUCGUUUUCCUUUGAAAGGUCUCUUACCGUAUGAUAAGGAUCUGUUUGAGCCACAGACUGCUUUGUUGAGAUAUGUGCUGGAACAACCGUAUUCAAGGGAUAUGGUCUGCAAUAUGCUAGGUCUGAAUAAGCAGACCUUGAACAUUGCUCAGCACAAGCAGCGCUGCCCUGUGCUGGAGAACCAGCUGGUGGAUCUUGUGGUGUAUGCCAUGGAACGGUCUGAGACUGAAGAGAAGUUUGAUGAUGGUGGAACCAGUCAGCUUCUGUGGCAGCAUCUCUCCAGCCAGCUCAUUUUCUUUGUGCUCUUUCAGUUUGCAAGUUUUCCUCAUAUGGUCCUGUCACUCCAUCAAAAGUUGGCAGGCCGUGGUCUCAUUAAAGGAAGAGACCAUCUGAUGUGGGUGUUACUCCAGUUUAUCUCUGGCAGCAUCCAGAAGAAUGCACUGGCUGACUUCCUCCCAGUUAUGAAACUUUUUGACCUUCUGUAUCCUGAGAAAGAAUAUAUUCCUGUACCUGACAUUAACAAACCCCAGUCAACUCAUGCUUUUGCAAUGACCUGUAUUUGGAUUCACCUGAAUCGGAAGGCCCAUAGCGACAACUCCAAGUUACAGAUUCCCAUUCCUCAUUCUCUUAAACUUCACCACGAGUUUUUGCAACAGAGUUUAAGAAAUAAAAGCUUACAGAUGAAUGACUACAAGAUUGCCUUGUUGUGCAAUGCUUAUUCAACCAAUUCAGAGUGUUUCACUUUGCCAAUGGGUGUACUAGUAGAGACUAUUUAUGGAAAUGGCAACAUGAGGAUAGCUCUUCCAGGGACUAAUUGCAUGGCAUCAGGAUCUAUUACCCCAUUGCCAAUGAACCUUUUGGACUCCCUCACAGUUCAUGCCAAAAUGAGUCUGAUUCAUAGCAUAGCUACAAGGGUAAUUAAGUUGGCUCAUGCAAAAUCUAGUGUGGCCUUGGCUCCUGCUCUUGUGGAAACCUAUAGUCGCCUGUUGGUUUAUAUGGAAAUAGAAUCCUUGGGCAUCAAAGGCUUUAUCAGUCAGCUCCUGCCAACAGUGUUCAAAUCUCAUGCAUGGGGAAUUUUGCACACUCUGCUAGAAAUGUUUAGCUAUCGGAUGCAUCACAUCCAACCUCAUUACAGAGUCCAGCUGCUCAGCCAUCUCCAUUCCUUGGCUGCUGUGCCACAGACUAAUCAGAACCAGCUUCAUCUGUG